GCAAGAGAGAAACAGAGGCACAAUCAUCAAAGAAACUACUACAAUCCCAACUAAAAGAACCUAAACUCAGAGAAAACAGAGGAGAGAAAGAGGAGAAACAAGAGUAGCAACAAUGGCCCCUUCUACCCUGACAGCUCUGGUGGAGGAGAAGACACUUCAGGCAAGCUUCGUGAGGGACGAAGAUGAGCGUCCUAAGGUGGCAUACAACCAGUUCAGCAACGAAAUUCCAAUCAUAUCACUGGCAGGGAUCGAUGAGACAAAGGGGAAGAGGGCCGAGAUAUGUAAGAAGAUCGUGGAGGCUUGUGAGGACUGGGGGAUCUUCCAGGUCGUCGACCAUGGUGUCGAUACCAAACUCAUCUCCGAAAUGACCCGCCUCGCUCGUGAAUUCUUCGCCCUCCCUCCCGAGGAGAAGCUCCGUUUCGACAUGUCCGGUGGUAAGAAGGGUGGCUUCAUCGUCUCCAGUCACCUCCAGGGCGAGGCAGUCCAAGAUUGGCGUGAGAUCGUAACUUACUUCUCAUACCCAAUUCGGACUCGGGAUUACUCGAGGUGGCCCGACAAGCCGGAAGGAUGGAAGACAGUGACUCAAAGUUACAGUGAGAAUCUCAUGGGCCUGGCCUGCAAGCUCUUGGAAGUGCUCUCCGAGGCGAUGGGACUCGACAAGGAAGCCCUCACCAAGGCUUGCGUCGACAUGGACCAAAAGGUUGUCGUCAACUUCUACCCCAAGUGCCCGCAGCCCGACCUCACCCUCGGCCUCAAGCGUCACACCGAUCCAGGCACUAUCACUCUUCUCCUCCAGGACCAGGUCGGAGGACUCCAGGCUACUAGAGAUGGCGGCAAGACCUGGAUCACAGUCCAGCCCGUUGAGGGUGCUUUCGUCGUCAACCUUGGCGACCAUGGUCACUACUUGAGCAAUGGGAGGUUCAAGAACGCAGAUCACCAGGCGGUGGUGAACUCCAACUACAGCAGGCUAUCGAUCGCGACGUUCCAGAACCCAGCUCCGGAGGCGAUCGUGUACCCGCUCAAGGUCAGGGAAGGGGAGAAGCCGGUGUUGGAGGAGCCCAUCACUUUCGCAGAGAUGUAUAAGAGGAAGAUGAGCAAGGAUCUGGAGCUCGCCAGGCUCAAGAAGCUCGCAAAGGAGCAGAAGUUCGAAGAGGCUAAACCCAAGAGCGUCGACGAGAUCUUUGCGUAGAUUUUCCUUAAUAUUUUCGUGUAAUUGCCUAAUGGGUGUUCUUUUUCUCGUAUUUAUAUGUUCCGGUACCAUUGCUUUCUCUCUCGGAGA